GCCAGAGUCAGACACGAUGGCACGACCUCAGCAUCUCAUCAAAAAUGUCGAACCGCUUCACGUUGGCCAAUUUUUGAUUGUACGUGUGGAGACCGACCAUGGCGUUGUCGGCUGGGGUGAAGGAGGAGUCUGGGGUCAGAUUGAGGCUGCGGCGACCGCAGUGAAGCGCUUUGCCCAAUAUCUCAUUGGCAAGCAAGCCUUUGCAAUUGAGCAUCACUGGAACGUAAUGCACCGUUUUAGCUACUUUCAAGGUCUCGCAAUCAAUGCAGCUAUCUCAGGAAUUGAUAUCGCGCUUUGGGACAUCAAGGGUAAGGUCCUGGGGGUUCCCAUAUACGAGCUUCUGGGCGGAGCUUGCCGGACCAAAGCGCGAGUGUACGGACACAUCUACGAGAAGAACAUUGAGGGUAUUCUUGCCGAGUGUAAGCGGAAGAUGGAUCACGGAUACACCGCGUUCGGCCAUAUCAACCCUUUCCUGGACGAGGGCCAUGAUCAGGUCUAUUUUAAGACGCACGUCAGGAAGAUGAGGGAGGCUGCAGAUAACGUACGCCGCAUGCGCGCUGUGGUCGGCGACAAGGUUGACCUGCUGAUCGAGCUGCAUCGCCGUUUGACGCCCGCCGAAGCAGUGACGUUCUGUAACAUGAUCAAGGAUGAAAAUCCCAUGUUCGUCGAGGAUCCGAUUCGACCUGAGAAUGCGGACGCCAUGGCACGCGUUGCAGACAGGAUUGCCGUGCCCAUUGCGACAGGCGAGCGGUUCUUCACCAUCUAUGAAUUCCAGGCACUACUAGCGCGCAACGCCCUCGAGUACGUGCGCGUUGACGUUGCCACAUGUGGCGGCAUCACAGGCGCGAAGAAGGUGGCUGCCAUGGCAGAGGCGCACAACACGCAAAUAGUGCCGCACAACCCUCUCUCACCGAUCGGCUUGGCAGCCUGCCUACAGGUCGCCGCCGCCAUACCGAACUUUGCCAUUCAAGAGUAUGCUACAGGCUUUGAGAGCGGCAAUUUCACAUCAUCCAUGAAACACCUUGGCCAUGACAUUGUCGAUAGUGUCCCUGAUGUCAGGGAUGGAUUUGUUGAUAUCCCUACCGGCCCUGGCCUUGGGGUCAAUGUAGUCGACAACGCCCAAGAGAUCAGACCGCCUUUUGUGCAACCAAUCUCGAUGAGGCCACAUUUCGAUGGCUUUGUUGUUGAUCAGUAAUGGCUGUAAGGUGCCUCGAAGUACCCGCGCCAACAAUACUAGGCAGGGCGAAGUGGCUCAGAUGGGG